AUAUACAGCGCCAUCUUUUGACUAAUGAUAAUCAUGUUUAGUUAUUAUCCAUCUCUAUGAUUUCGAGCUAGCUGUACGUGAAACUGCAGAGCCUAAAUUAUAUGCCUCCAAAUAUAGAUUGAAUGGCAUAAAUCUUAGUUGGCUGUCGUAUGUUUUAUCUCCAUAGACCCGAAACGGAUUUCUUCAGAAGGAGAUCCAUAACCUUCAUACAGCUUCUCGAACGUUAGAAUAAAGAGGCCAUUGCAGCAGCAGACGGGACAAUACAACUUCACAAGGGCCAGGCUGGGAAAGACCCCCAUCCAUACUUAGCAGAUCAACGUUGUGAAUGCGAAUGUGAACAGUGCAGUGUGUGGAAGAGCAAAAUGGCGAGUGUUGCUUUGAAAAGCGAGACGACAAGGCUGGGUUUAGCCAACAAGAAUUAUGGACGCUCUUAUGGUGCUACAAUGAAAUCACAACAAGAGACAUUUAUCCAACAUGAUAUACAACCAGGAGAAACGCUCCAGGGAAUUUCCAUUAAAUAUGCAGUGCCGGUUGAACAAAUCAAAAGGGCAAACAAGUUAUUCAACAAUGAUAUCUUCAUGAGAAAAUCCCUCAGUAUACCAGUGGGAGACCAACCCUUGCCAGCCAAUGUAUUAGAGAAUGCCACUGCCACAGCAAAUGGAAGUCCAGCCAGGAGAGGGCCUUCCACAGCUAAGAGGAGAGAUGGGAGCUCCGAGGAUGAGGAAGAUAAUGGAGGUAAAGUGGAGGAGGCAGAUAGGGACGUUACAAUGGACUUCUUUAAUCGCAUCGACAGACAAGUGAGAGAGAAGAAACACAACCUCAAGAAGAUAGAGAAAAAUAGCAGUAUUGGGGAGAUUGAAGCCAUGACACCCAAUAUUCAGUCUGCCCCUUCACCAUCCCAGAGCUACAGCAGGAUCUCAGAUAGUGGUAAGGCUGCCGGUGAGAGCUACCAACUCAGUGCUGUUACCGUGGCAACAGAAGGCAAUUCCAAACUGGUGGAGACCACACCCCCUGUAGAGGUUGGAGGAACAUCGUCACCCUUGCUAGGAGGUAGGAGCAAGCGUAAAAUAAAGAGUGCAGAUAGGAGUUGGCCUGUCUGAAAUGCAACCAUGCACUUGACUGUCUAGUCCACCCACCAAAAAAUGCUUUGUACUCUUGUGUGUGCUCAUAUCCAUUCACUGUCAUAUUACAGAAAAAAUAAUAAGUAAAAUCCAUACCUUUCAGUGACUUUGAUCGUUGAAGGGGAGGGGCAUCUUAGAUACAUUUACCUUGCCCCACCCCUUAUCAAAUUACUGGGAUUUAUCUGUGCUUGAACUCUAAGCCUGGUCAUUUCUCAUGCAAGUGUACAGUUGACCCCCCCCCCCCCUUGUGGUACCCUCAACCAUUAGCAUCAUUUUUCAUUCUCUCUCUUCAUGUCAGUUUCUGCUUCCAAUUAAAGCUAGAAAAUAACUUGGAUUUUUUUUUUUCAAAGUUAGUUGUAGGAGAAUAAAGCAAGCAUUGACUGCAAUUCUGAAGCAUAUCCAAUGUUGCAGAUUUAGGCAGUAGGUUGUGAAAAGUAGCACAUGAAAAUAAAUAUUUUUUUGCCAGCUAAGAACAGUAAUAAAGUAUUGUAGUCGCGUUCAUUUGUUUUGACCUUUUGAAGGAAUCUAAAUUUAUGUCUGCCAUUUCUACACUAUAAAUGUCCAUUCUUCUUCUGUAGUUUGUUGUAUGUCUUCACCUUUAAUGUUACAAAACCCAAUGUAUGUAGCUUGAAAAUAAUGAGAAGUGUUGCAACUGACAAAUCCUCCAUACUGCAUUCCAACAAUGCUCAAAAUUAUCUCAUACCAAUUCCGAACCCCAGACAAUUAUCAUUUAGGGGAGAAUUCAUGAAUGAUGAAUGCCCAAAUUGCCUAUUCCUUGCUUGAUAUUGAUGUGCACUGAUGUGUAUUGCAGCAUCUUGUCUUGAUAAUUUCUGUACAUCAGUCGUGUAGUGGUUUUGUAAUAUGCCUAUGAAUGUACAAAAUAUGAGUGUAUUUAUUGGUCAUUUAGUGAUUUGUACAUGUAAUAGUAGUGAUAUAUGUAGUUUUAAUCAUCUAGUUCUAUUACGGGUGUUGCAAAAACUCAGCAAUAACAAAAUUAUCAAUAAAAAUCAAUUUCAAAUCCUUAGUAAUCAUGAGUCCGGCAAGCGAUAUCAAAUUUUCAUUUUUUUUUUGGGGGGGGGGGGCAAUGAAAAAAUCAGUUUACACAAAUUUGCAAUAUCAUUGUGCAACACCCCUUAGUUUGCUUUGUUGAAUGUUAUACAUAUUAUUUUAAGGUGUAUAGUUUCAGUUCAGUUAUAAAACAUCAAAAGUGUAUUGCUAUUACAUUGUACAUGCAGUCAUUUUUUUAUGUUGGCAUCACUGAAAAUGAGACAUACUGUACAGUACACUCUCGUGGCACAAACCCUUCUCUUUUUCUAUUCAAGUAAUUCCAUCAGUCCAAACUCCAAAGAUACAUUGGUUAUGUUUCCCAACUUGAAGUUUGCAGAACUACAUUCAUGGUUUAACACUUUUACUCCAAUAGAGUUGAUUCAUUUAGUUGAAUGGUUGAGCGGGUAGUACUGUAUAUUGUACAUGUGUACAUGAGUGGCAAAAUAUAUUAUAAAGUUGAUAAUCAUGUAAAGUCAUCAUUGAACAAAACAUGCUGGUAUUUAUUUAAUGAAGCUAAACAAACACUCUGAACUUUCAAAAAGGUUGGUGUAUUAGAUUUUUAUGUGUAAACUGUGAAGAUAUAUAUUGUGAAUGGAGUAUUUUGACUCAGAUUCUGCACACAUAUUUAAUAUAGUUGUUGUACAGUUAAAAAAAGGAAGUUGUUUGUGCAUUUGACAUCAUUAGUAUUAUUUUUCAUGAAAGGAAAAGGGCAUUUAAAGGAAUAUUUAUUUCUAGGAACAUACAGUGUUCGUGAUAAAAGCUCUCAUUUCCCUCUGUUUUUUUUUUUUUUUUUUUUGGGGGGGGGGGGGUGUUAUUUCAGCUAAAUUAAACAACUAAAAUUAUGUUCAUACUUCAUAUCCUUCAUCUUCCCUUUUUAAUGCUUUUCUGAUUAUUUUGACUUAAAAAAAUGUGCAUCCAUCACUUAUAUGCAGUUGCUGCAAAAGCUUUCUGACUCCUAUUAUUGUAUGUCAAUGGGAUAUUCUGCUACAUUGUAUGUGAUGUCAAUCAUGAUAUAGCAAUAUAAUUUUAUUGAUCUGUGGCUGUUUGAAUAUAUAAGUUGGUUAGCUGUAUUAUAUUAUAUGUAAAUGUUUGUUCCAGUAUGAUUUCCCCCUACCAUUUGUGAUGAGAAUUGUGUUUGAUUUUAAAUUGAUAUCAUUUUCAUUGUGACCAUCUUGUUUUGUUGAGUUGUAUUGUGAAUGUUGGUGGUAUUUGGGAUAUUGUGGUAAACUAUGAGUAUGCUACUAGAAACAUGGAAUGAUCAUUGAUGGAACAGAUUAAAUCAUUAAAUCAUGUCAUCCUAUAUUCAAUUAAAAUUGUAAGGAAAUUAUUCUCAAAGAAUCAUGAUCAUAUUCAUUUUUUUUGUCAUGCAGUAACUUGUAUUAUGUUUUGGCAGCCUGCACUGAAGAUAACAUUCUUUAGCUAGUUCUUUUGUGAUCAAUUCAUCAUCCAUCCCUUUCUCUUUGGCGCAGACAAUAGAGAAAAAAUGGAAAUUUAGUUGUGAUAAAGUGGAUCAGAAUAAUUAGGUAAUGAAGAGGUCCUUAACAGAUUAAGUGGGGCCAUUGAAAUACUUAAAGGGGAAGUUCACCCUGACAAAAAGUUUAUUUUUGAAAAUAGCAGAAGAAAUGAUAAAAAAUAUUGCCGAAGGUUUGAGAAAAAUCCAUCUAAGAAUUAAAAGGUUAUUAGAAUUUAAUUAUUUGAUUUGUGAUGUCAGCAUUCCUACAUUCCUACAUAGCAAAUAGUAAAUAAAAAUCAAUGAAAUGUCAUUUUCUCAACCUUUUGUAUAUAAAAGCAUUUCACACCCGAUCAUGACAAGAAAACAGAAAUAAGUCAUCAAGAACCAUUAAAAAAGUGAAAUUCAUUCAUUUUAUAUUACAUAACAUAUGGGGCAGCUGCUCAUUUAUGACGUCACAAAUCCACAAUUUUCUAAUAACUUUCUUAAUCUAUAACAGAUUUUCCUCAAACCUUUGCCAAUGUUUUUUAUUAUUUUUCUGCUAUUUUUAAAACAAACUUUUCUUUAGGGUGAACUCCCACUCUAAAAUGAACCUGAGAUGGAAAGCGUGAGAUGGAAAGCGGAAUAUAUGCUUAAAAAGAUUUUUAGUUACUACUGUGCCUAAUGGUUUUCAAAACCACAAACAAUUCUUUGAAAUCUAGAAUGUUUUUUAAGAGGGUCUAGUUUACAUUCUACUGGUACAUGUAAUUGAUGAUUUUAUUCAAAUAUGUUUGCAUGUGAAAUGCGUUCAUUACUUCAUUGUACAUGUUUGUAUAGAAGAUCUAAAAAUCUUCAAAAGACAUUACUAAUACCAUGGUCACAUUUGUUCUACGGCGGCCGUACGGCGAGUCGAAAACAGCAGUUUUUACAUAUUUUGUCCAACUACAUAUAGGUGGUUUGAAUCAAAAUUAAUAUAACGGCUGUUUUCGACUCGCCGUAGAGCAAAUGUGACCAAGGUAUUAAGGUGUAAUUUAUGGCAGGCAUUGCCCUACGAAGCUGCUCUCAUCUCACAAGCUAUUUCCAUCUGCAUAUUGAUAAAGCUUCAUUUUGUGAGAAAAAAUAGCAAUAUUAGUGGUGUAUUUUGUGGUGUACAUUUCAUUGAAAUUUUCACAAAUUUUUGUGCUGUUGGUUGAUUGGGUACUUGGCUCGUUUAUUUAUUUCUGUAUCGUUAUGUGCAAUUCAAUAGAAUGUUUGUGUUUGUAUAAUUUGCAGAGCAUGGGAACAUGUGUUUUUAUCACAAUUUUCUGUUAAAAAAGGCUGUGUCUGAAGUUAUUUUAUGUUUAUUUGCUUUUAAAGUACAUCAUAGGCAUGAUAUGCCUUCAAUUAUCAUCUCUUUUAAGUGACUAAAUCCUGUUUUGAAAAAAAAAAAUCUAGCUUUGGUGUGCAUUUGUGAUGUAUUAAAGGAAACCCAAAAUGUAUGGUAUGCAUCAUUGGGACUCGUAUUUGGUAGUCACUCCCAAUCACUUGAAUGCUAAUUUGCUAAACGGAGGCGGCCGCUAACCCAGGUUUGACUAGGUAUCAUUCUAGUAUAUAGCAUUUAUGAAGCGCCAAAUAUCUAGUUGCCUAUUCAGUGGCGCACUGCAUAUACAAUGUAACCUCAGCUGUAGCUACAACUGCUAAAGGUGCUUGGUGCAUUCAAGGAAUUAAUUCUGCUGGGUACCCUUUCACUUCACCUGGGUUGAGUGCAGCAAAAUGUGGGUAAAUUUCUUGAAGGAAAACGCCAUGGCUGGGAUUCAAACCCACAUCCCUCUCAUAGAAAUUAGAGAGUCGUAGCCACUAGACCACGACGCCCCUAGACUCAUAUUUAUCUCAUACAUGUUGUAGAUACAAUUCUCUAGUUCGUGUGAAUAUAGCCAGGGUGGAGACGUUUGAUAUUUUCAUAGCACCUUCCUCAAAAUGCUCAUCAAAAAGGAUGUUAUUCUCAAGUGUGGGAACAAAAACAUUAUGAGCUUUGUUUGAGCAUGGUUGUAGGUCAUGGGGUGAUUUUAUGUUCAUUUCAAUUAUUUGAAAACACCUGCCUCCUGCAGUGCUUGAAUAACAAUGUCUAACAGCAUGUUUUUGUUGACUUACACAUGUGGCUUCUCUGUCUCCCAUCUUGAUUCUUGAAUAUACGUACUAUGUGCAUUUACUGUUUUAAAACUUACUUUACCUUUUGAACUAUACAUGUACUUGUAUCGAUGCAUGUAUGGAAGCCAAACAAGGUUUAUAAAAGCUAAACCCAUGUUUUGAAAUCACAUUGAAAGAAAAAAUCAUGUCCAGAAAUAAAAACUGACAAUGUUUAUUAUAUGCAAUAGAAAAUCAUAUUAUAUAAAGUACUAGCUGAUGUAGAAGAAUGCUUAGAUAUGUAUUUUUAUAGGUAGGGUGUUAAAUCAUUUUUUUCAAGAGUAUUUAUGUGAUUUCAUAGUUUAGGGAGUAAUCUGGGCAUGGAAGGGGGUGGUUGAUUGUUGGUUUCAAAAUUAAUUUGUUAUUUACAGUCAAAUCUACUUUUUCUUUAUUGAACACACUCAAUGUUCAUUUAUUUAGUUGAACUUAUUUAUAUAAUUUAUCCCAAAUUGUUUUUAUUCUAUCUUAUUUCAUUUCACUUUGUCUUGGUUUAUUUCAUUUCAUUAGGGAAUCGGUAAUAUAAAUUGGGUUGACAAUGAAAAUUGUCCUUUUACAUAAUGUAUAUGAAUUAGAUACAAUUUUGUAAAACCAUGGUUAUUCAGUUGUUUUUUAUAUGUUCAAAAUGUGUGUUUAGAACCCCCUAACUUUAACAAACAAGUACUUAAUGGGUUUCAUGUCAUUUUUUUCUAUAUACAUGUACUUCUUGCCAUGCGAUAUUAAAUUGAAAUGAAUGAAUAUAAA